AUGGCGGCGGCGUUGCCGAUAGUAGUCUUCAAUUUUCACAGCGGGAUCUAUGUCCCCGCUGUGGAUCCUGCCAUGAUAGUGACGACGGUCCGCCAGAGAGCGGUUAGCCGCUUGAAAAGACUCUUCCCGCAACUAUUCGUUCUAUCAAAUUCGGGUCCCUGCAACCUUCCCCUGGAGAUUAUCCUUAUGAUCGCAGAAUAUCUCAACAAACGCGCCCUAAAAGACACAGAUCCGCGCUUCUGUGUCCUAUCAUCUUGCUAUAUACCUUACCAUUAUGUGCGCUUAGUCAUGAACCGACAUGUCUUCGGACCUGAACAUGGCUUGCCUCUUCAGACGCUCAGUAAACGAAAUAAUUACACAGAUCACAAGUAUGGAGUCGAACGCUCAAUAUCGCAGCAUGCACGCAUCUUUAGCGAUGAACUUCUAGUACUGACAGCCGUAUCCAUGACGCAGCUCAGAGGUGAUUUGGUAUUACUUAGAAGCUACGUCGAAUUUUGUGGGGGUUCAAUCUGCCAACACCUCACCAUUUCGCAAGGAUCUCCUGACUGCAUUCCCAUACAGUUUGAUGAGCUUCCUAAGAAGGGAAACGCAUCAGGUCCAUUCCCGGUCUACAGGCCUAUGUACGGGUCCUGUAAUUGGUUUUUAACAUAUUACAGCAUCAAUAUAACUUGGCAAGGUGUGGGAAACGGAUAUAGCAUCGGUGUACUAUGGCGUACGAUGGCGACGCGGGAUCUGAUUGAAAAAAGUAGAUCAGCUUAUUCGCCACAAAACCCACCUGGGAGUAUUAGAGGCAAAUGGAAUGAGGCUGGUGGUGUAGAAGAGAUCACUGGUGGCAAAUGGCGGAGAGCCUUACGAGCAGCUGGGUUGGGUUAG